GAGUAUCAGCUAACUGAUUUACAGUUUUCGAUUCGAAAAUCUUAAUCUCCAUUUCAUUCCUUCGACAUCUUCACACAAACCCUAAUCUCAUUUCUGGUAAAUCCGAUUUUGGGAAACUCUAAUUUGAUCUCGAGAUCGCUAACAACGAUGGAAGAAGACAAGCAAAUGCACGAGGAGAAAUCAUCUCUGGUUAAAGAAGAACCGGUUCGUGGAGAAGAGCCCGAGAUUGAGAAAUUGACAGUGGCAGAUGUGGACGCGCCACCGAAGAGUACCGGUGGUUGGGGUUGGGGUUUCUCUGGCUUCUCUGUGCUUUCCGAUCUCCAAAAAGCUGCGGAAGAUAUUUCUCGUAAUGCUGCAGCGGUGGCAGAGAAAGCAGCGAAAAGCAUUGCAGAGAUGGGAGAAGUGGAUGAAGACUCUGAAUCUUCUGCUAAGGAAGAAGAGAAAACUGAAGAAGCUGAUACAGAGCAGGAUAGUGAUGAUGAGAAUGCGAAGUUAAAGAAGUCAGCUCUUGAGAGAUUGGAGGGUGCAAGUGAAGAGUCACUUCUUAGCCAGGCAAACCUUUGUUCCUCCAUAUGUUAUUUUCUGUUGGGUUUGAAGGUUUUCGAUGAUUCAGUUGAGAGUUUCACUUCUGGAGCUUGGCAAGCAUUUGGAAAUGCGUUAAAAGGGGGCACAAGUUUGGUGCAAAAGCUUGAAAACAGUGUCCAGCAAGGUUCUUCGCCUAGGGAAGCUGGAUCUGGUGCACCGUCUCUACUAGAGACAGGAAAAGCAUUAACUGCGAAAGGAAUGCAAGUACUUGAAUUUGUGGGCAAGGAAACUAUGGAUUUACUGAUUACAGAGACUGGUAUUGGAGCUGAGAAGGAUAGGGUAGACUUUAAGGAUCAAGUACUUGAGGAGGUUACAUUUGAUCGAUGCUUUUACAUUUAUGGUGGUCCUGAGCAGCUUGAGGAAUUGGAAGCAUUGGCUAGCCACUAUACUCUGUUGUUCAACAGGAGAAAGGGGAAAUUGUCACCAGAUCAAAAAUCGCUGUAUGACGGGAAGCUCAAACAAAUCCAGCAACUUUUCAGCUUUGCUGAUGAAAUGAGUGGAAGUAAAGCAGAGUCUGACAAAGGGAAGAAAAUAGAUAUCAAAACUGAAGGCAAUGAUGAUGACAUGAAGAAUCUGCAUAACUCAAGUGUCAGCAAAGCUGCUGAUAUGGCUACUGGGUUCACAAAUGCUUUAGCGGGACUACACGUAAAUGAUAUGAUCCAGCGAACCGGUGGCAGGCUUGAAUCUCUUCACUCAGAAGGAGUUCAUAGACUUUCAGAGAUGUGCUGUUUUGCAGUCACACAUCUGCUUAUCCUCGGUAAGUCCAUGAUAUCUCAUGCCAACAAAGUUCAGGAUGAAGACACUGAGGCAUUGAAAAUCGAGUGGGCAGAGGAUCCUACAGAGAAAGCUAAGCUGAUUAGAGGCAAGGCAGAAACAAUGGCUGGAUAUGUUGAAGCAGUUUCCAAUAGCUUUAUAACAGGUUGGUCCAAUUCAACUUACUUCAACUUAUAACUGCUCUAUCGCAUUUCUUCCUGAAUAUUAUGGGUUGCUAGAAUCAUCUAAUUGUGUAGUAAGUCAUUCAUUUGUAAGAGUAGGAGAUAGAAGCAACAUUUCUUCUACUAAAACCAAACUAAAAAAAAAACUUUUGUUUCACAAUGAAGACUAAAACUAUGAAGAAGGGAAGUUCUGGGAAACUACUGGUUCUCCAGUCAGAAAACAACGGAAUUUAGAACAGCUGGAGUGGUAAAGGGUACUUAGCGUAUAAGUACUUCGGUAAUGAACACUCCACGUAAAAGCUGGCUUAAUCCCAUUUCAAUACCUUUACAAAGCUCACCUUAACCACUUCACUUUAGUUUGGGGAAUAUCAGAUGUAUCUGAAACAUACUCAGCUGCGAUUAAAGGAGUUGCAGCUGCUGAUUCCAAAGAUGAUCUUCUGAAAACAUCGACCAUGCAGGAAAAAGCAAGCACCUUCAACGAUAGUCUUCGCUCUGACCAAACCACAGCUAUCACAAAGAUCCAGGAAGGGCUUCAGUACCUGUCCUAUGUCGUGAUUUCUACCUCGAUGCCCUCUGCCUAAUAUAAUAAGAGUCAGAUUGGUCUUAUUUGUGGUUUACAUGACUUGGAUUUGAUUUAGUUUUCUUUCUAGUUGUAGAUAUAUCUCUUUCGCUAGCUGCUCUUAUGGUAAGUCUUUCCCACUUGUGCUCUACUUCUUUGUUGUCUGGAUCUUGAAAGUUUUAUUAAAUCUAGGAACCAAAGAUUGAAAGCAGGGAAGCGAUUAGUACUUUAUCGAACUUUUGUUAGAAAUAUAUUGUUGCUUCCAGAGUUUUUACUUGGAAGUUGAUUGUGUUAUAUGUGAACGUAGCUUUCAAUAUUUGAAUUCAUAUUGAAAAGUGGUUUAUUU